GGACGCCCUGUCCACCACGUCCUCAUGUCCACCGUGUCCUCCCAGUGUCAUGGAGAGUCUGGAGAAGCAGCUCGUCUGUCCCAUCUGUCUGGAGAUGUUCUCUAAACCUGUGGUCAUCUUACCAUGUCAACACAACCUCUGUCGCAAGUGUGCCAACGACGUCUACCAGGUCAGUGCAUGCCUCAGGCAUCCAACCCCUAUCUGUCAGCCAGAGGUAGCUCCACCGUGGCAUCCAGUGGUCGCUUUCGCUGCCCAUCCUGCCGUCAUGAGGUGUCUCUGGAUCGCCAUGGAGUGUAUGGACUGCAGAGAAACCUUCUGGUGGAGAACAUUAUUGACAUGUACAAACAAGGAACCAGCAGCAAAGCAAUGCUUCCAGGGACAGAGAGGGUGGAACAUCCCACGUGUGAGCAGCAUGAAAAUGAAAAGAUCAACAUCUACUGUGUAAGCUGUGCCACCCCCACGUGUUCCCUGUGCAAGGUGUUUGGAGCGCAUAAAGACUGCGACGUGGCACCGCUCAACGUUGUCUUCGGCAAGCAGAAGGCCGAGCUGAGCGAGUGCAUCGCACUGCUGGUGGGUGCCAACGAGAGGGUUCAGGCUGUUACCGCUCAGCUUGAGGAAACUUGCAGAGUCGUGGACGACAACGGUCGCAGACAAAAGUCCAAGGUUUGCGAAUCAUUUGACCACCUCUUUGCCGUUCUGGAGGAGCGAAAAAGUCAGAUGAGCGUGCGGAUCAGCGCCGAGCAGGACGAGAAGAUGGACUACAUUAGAGGCCUGAAGAGGAAAUACAGUGAACAUCUGGACAACGCUGCAAAGCUCCUGGAGAAUGCAAUCCAGACCAUGGACACGUCUGAGAUGGCUGUCUUUUUACAGGCUGCCAAGCCGCUGCUGCACAAGAUCAUGGUGGCAACUGACACUUCCCACCUAGACAAAGUCCAGCCCGGAUACGAGAAGAUGGACCACUUGACAGCUAACUUUGAACGCGAAAGGAGGGCGCUGAUGAGCGUGGACUUCCUCAAACCAGAGGAGGAUGAUGACGACGAUGAAGAGGAUAUAGCGGUGGUAGUCAGAGGGUCAAAAGUGGGCAGAGAACCAGGACUGUCUGCCAAUCAUCAGCCUGCUCUUUCACAGUCACAUGUUGUUACACCCUUAGAGGACCUGGCCCCUACAACCAUACAGGCCAAAGUUCCCUCUCCAGACAGCCAGGCCCCACCCCCUUUUACCCUACCCAGUGCUCACCCCGCCCCACAGGCGUCAUCUGAUCAACAGAACAAUGCGCACGACACAGAAGACGGAUGCAAACAUGUCUUCUCUUUCAGCUGGCUCAACCACAAGUGCAGGUGCCCUGCUCACUCCCACACAUUCCAUCAAGCUGUGACCUGCAGCGCCCGAAAAACAGACUACGCCUUCGAGAUGGCCAGUUCCAACAUCCGCUAUGGAGAUGGAGUCAGCAGCGAAAUCGGCAUGGAUUUGCAGAACCUCAGAGCUCGGAACGUGUGUGUAAUGACCGACAAGAAUCUGUCCUGCCUCCCGCCAGUCAAGGUGGUCCUUGAGUCUCUCGCCAAGAACGGCGUUGAGUACAAAAUCUAUGACAGCGUGCGUGUGGAGCCGACUGACAGCAGUUUUAAAGACGCCAUCUCCUUUGCCAAAAACGACUCAUUUGACGUAUUCGUGGCAGUGGGCGGCGGCUCUGUGAUUGACACGUGCAAGGCAGCCAAUCUGUACUCAUGUCACCCUGAUGCAGACUUCCUGGACUUUGUCAACGCUCCCAUUGGCAAAGGGAAACCCAUCACAGGCGCUUUGAAGCCGCUCAUUGCAGUUCCUACGACCGCCGGCACCGGCAGCGAGACCACAGGCGUGGCAAUCUUUGACUACGAGCCUCUGAGGGCUAAAACUGGUAUCGCUAGCAGAGCCAUCAGACCCACUCUGGGGGUGGUGGAUCCCAAACACACACUGAGCAUGCCUAGCAGAGUUGCAGCCAACAGCGGCUUCGAUGUGCUCUGCCAUGCCCUGGAGUCGUACACCGCUCUGCCGUACCACCAACGUGCCCCCUGCCCUACCAACCCCAUCAACCGGCCUGCCUACCAGGGCAGCAACCCCAUCAGUGACGUGUGGUCGCGCCAUGCCCUCCACGUGGUCGCCAAGUACAUGAAACGUGCGGUGCAGGAUCCCGAGGACCUGGAAGCUCGCUCCAGCAUGCACCUAGCCAGCGUGUUUGCUGGUAUCGGAUUCGGAAACGCCGGCGUCCAUCUGUGUCACGGGAUGUCUUAUCCCAUCGCUGGGAAUGUGAAGACUCACAAAGCCGAGGGAUACAAUGUGGACCACCCCCUUGUGCCUCACGGCCUUUCUGUGGUUCUGACGGCGCCGGCUGUCUUCACCUUCACAGCUCCAAUGUGUCCUGAACGUCACCUGGAAGCUGCACACAUUCUUGGUGCAGACAUCAGACAUGUGAAGAGGGCAGACGCUGGUGCCGUGCUGGCCGACGUACUGCGCCAAAUCCUGUUUGAGCUGCAGGUGGAGGAUGGCCUGGCCGCUGUGGGCUACAACAAAGACGACAUCCCGGCGCUGGUCCAAGGAACCAUCCCCCAGGAGCGAGUGACCAAACUUUCUCCUCGAGCGCACAGCGAGGACGACUUGACCCGUCUCUUUGAGGCCUCCAUGAAGCUGUACUGACAUACUACUCCUGUAGUAGCCCUACUGGCUGCUAAAGAGAAGCAUCUUGACACCUUAAAUUACUCAUGAGACAAAAAGACAAAAUGUGAAUCAGUACUAACAGUUAAUGCUGUUACUACAUGAAUGAGCUAACAACAACAAAUACAAAUGUUCUUUAAUUCGAAAAUAAUCAUACAUAACAAACAGCAGCAAAUGUUUAAGUGCACUUUGAGACAAACACCAAGAAAGAAGUUUAAAAUUAAUAAUCAAAGAUGGCCCUCAUUUUACAACAUAGUUCAUGUUAAUAAAUGAUAUGCUGAUUUUUUAUUACAGAAUUAUAAUUUUCUUUCAGAUUGUCAUUAAAAGAUGUUUCUGUGGAGUAAAUUAAAAUAUUCACCUUCAAGUUAAAAGUAUGCAAGUUAAAAUGAUCACUUCCAAUCAAUAAAUGACCACUUCCAAUCAAUAAAUGUCUAACAGUUUAAAGUGAAGACAAGAAAUCAAUAAAAGUCCUUUUGAGUUUCCAAUAAACAUUCUGUUCAAUGUAAAAAUUCAAGUCUUUACUUGGUAAAACUGAGCUCCAGCUGUCAAAUUCAAGAAAUAAAAGCAGGAAAACUUCACGAUGACUCGCUGGCUCCUCCCACUGUGUUCCUCUGCCAAAAAAUUAGCAAAAUGAUAAUUAGUGUCCAGGCUGAAUUAUGCUUCAGCAUCGCUCCGCAGGUGUAAAUGACCAAAAAAUUAUAACCUUGCAUCAAAGGUGAUGGAAACUGUAGAGCUGUGAUUGGUCGGCUUUUUAAAAUGUUACAUUAUUUACAGUACAUAAUUUUUCCCUCCCUCAAAAGCGCUAAAAGGUUAUGGCUAUCCUCAGAGGGCCACU